CAUUGGGUCAUGGAGCUUCGACCUCCAUCCCUGAAGGCAGCCUCGGAAUCUGUGAUUUUGCCAUCCACAACAUCACACGUUUCCAAGUCAUGAGCUUUCUUACUCCAAAGCAGGCUGUAGCGCUACCCAGACUGCCUCAGAUGUCCUCCGACGCAUCAUGGACCUUCUUUGGUCCUCUAAUGACCGAGUACUCCUCUAUCGUUAACCUGAUCUCUCUUGUCUGUCUCGGCCUUGGUCUUAUGCUGUUCAUACCUGUUCUUCUUCUCGUGAUCUUCGACCUCUUCCUUUGGAUGUGGAGGAAUAUCAGUAAUACGAACCCACCUGCGAUUGUCGAUUCCGAACGCGAUAGCGUUGUCACUACGAACCCACAUGCUGCUGCAAUAGCAACAGGAAUAGACAAAGCGUCACUUUAAUCAUGAUAACACACAACGAACUGGAAAUACGUGAAUUCUCAUUGGGGCUUCAAACUUGAUACUUUUAAUUUGGCUAUUCAAUAUGGACUUUUAUGCAAUCUGCGACAGGACCUUGAUCAAAUCAGCUGUCACUCCCAUGGCGGUCACAUCACCUCCAGCACCGGCACCCUGGACAAUCAGAGGGUUGCUUCCAUAUCUCUCGGUGUAGAAGCUGAUGAUGUUAUCACUACCCUUAAGAGCAGCAAUAGGGUGCGAGCGGUCGAAUUGCUCCAGACCAACCUUGACCUGCUUGGAAGCAGCAUCAAUGCUACCAACAAAUCGGACAACCUUGCCAGCCUUCUCAGCAGCAGCCUUUGUCUCCUCCAUCUGAGAGUCAAAGGCAGGGAGCUUCUCAAGGAACUCAUCGCCGCUGGAAACAGACUCCAGCUCCUUGGGAAUGAGGCUUUGCACGGGGAAAGAAGUGGGGGACUCAACGGGGAUGCCAGCCAGACGAGCAAGGAUGGUCAGCUUGCGAGCGACAUCGAGGCCGUUGAGAUCGUCUCGGGGGUCAGGUUCAGUGUAUCCCAAUGACUUGGCCUUCUUGACCUCCUCAGACCACUUGCCACCCUGGCCCUCGGUAGGAGCAAAAGAGUUGAAUAGGAAGGACAUGGUGCCGCUGAAGACACCCUCGAUCUUGGUGAUCUUGUCACCAGUCUCAACCAGGUCCUUCAGAGUGGAAAUAACGGGGAGACCAGCACCGACGGAAGACUCAUGGUAGACACGGGCUCCAGAGGACUCGGCAGCUGAGAAGAUGUCCUGCCACAACUUGUAUGAGCCUGAGAAGGCCUUCUUGUUGGGUGUAACGAUGCUGAUGCCUCGGCUCAAGGCAAGAGGGUAAAGUUCCGCAACAUCCUGAGAGCUGGUGUUGUCGACAAGAACGCUCUUGGCGGGGGCCUUGGCCAGGUACUCGACGACCUGAGGGAGGGCGAGAGGGGCCUUGGUAGAGGAGCCAAGUGUGUCGACGACGUUGCCGAUAUUAAGGGGAGAGUAGUCGUCGUUGAAGAGGGCUUUGCGGCUCGUGGCAAUGUAUGCGAGGUUCAGCUUCGGUGCUGGCUUCCGAGCAGCGAGGGAUUGGAGCUGGUCGAUGAAGGCCUUGCCGACACCUCCGGCGCCUGUUGGUGACAGUUGUUAGUUUGUAGUGUUUUAUAGCUUUGGCGUUUCAAUUACCGAUAAUUCCAAUGAAAACUUGUUUGGGAGCGGCCAUUGUUGCUGUUGCACUGAGAAA